AUGAACUUUCAGGCCACAGACUACUUGGCCAACUUGAACUUCGACUUUGACGCCAACGUCUCACCAGAAGGGAACACCAAUGAUUUGGAUUUGUUCUCUCAGUCGGAGUUUUUUGACUUAGAUGUGUUCCUGAGUGACUUUGCUCCAGAAACCAAGCAGCAGCAACAUAACUCGGAGAUCCAGCAACAACAGCAACAACAAAAUGUUGUUCCUCAAGUCAAGCAGGAAAUCAUGGAGCCAAGCCUUUAUGUUGAGAAGACCGAGUUCCAGGACUUUGCUGCUGGCACUCCAGAAGUCACCGAAGUCAAGCAAGCAGAAUUGGGGGAGAUCAAGAGAAAGAGAAACACGGCUGCUAGCGCGCGGUUCAGAAUCAAGAAGAAGUUGAAGGAGAAGCAGAUGGAGCAGCAGGCUCGGGACUUGCAGGAGAAGUUGGCUACCCUCGAAAAGAAGAUGAAGCUGUUGGAAAUGGAGAACAAGUGUCUCAAGCAGUUGAUUUUGCAGAAGAACGAAGAGAAGAACUGCAACUUGCUUGAGUCGAUCAAGAAGCGUUCUCUAGGCGGUUCGAGCUUCACGUUCACGAACUAG